AUGAUCUCUAAAUUCUUCAUACACCAAAACUUCAGGUACACCGAGAGACCGUUUGACAUGAAUGACUUAGACCACUCCUCCGCUAGCGUCUACGAUGUCAUAAUUGUAGGCGCUGGAAUUUCCGGAAUCAAUACUGCUCAUCACAUCCAGCGUAAGCUUCCUAAUCUCACCUAUUGCAUUCUCGAGGGCCGGAGCAAUAUCGGAGGCACAUGGGACCUGUUUCGCUACCCUGGUAUUCGCUCCGACACAGACCUCCACACUUUCGGCUUUGGUUGGAAUCCGUGGAGUGAAAACCGGGCCAUUGCAGAUGGCGGGUCCAUAGCUUCUUACCUCCAUGAGUCUGCCAAAAUUGAGGGCAUCGACCGACACAUCCUACUACGACACCGUGUUGAUUCCGCAAAUUGGUCUUCCACCCUGCGGUUGUGGGAGCUGCAUGUUGAGAUAGAGGCCAGUCACCGGGUCCAGCUCCAAGCUCGAUUCCUCGUUUUGGGAACAGGUUACUACGAUUAUAGCAAAGGUCUUGAGCCCGAGAUCCCCGGCUUGUGUAGUUUCGAGGGCGCGAUUGCACAUCCACAAUUCUGGCCGGAUGACCUCGACUAUGUUGACAAGCGGGUCGUGAUCAUUGGUAGUGGAGCAACUGCCAUCACGCUUCUGCCCAACAUUGCAGCAAAGGCUUCCCAUGUUACGAUGGUACAGCGCAGUCCCACGUAUAUCAUGUCCAUAGAUAACACGACUGAUCGUUCUUGGAGACACAAGUUCCUGCCCCAGAACUGGUCUUUCAAAAUUGAUCGAUGGAUUUUCAUGUGGACUAUAAUCAUCUUAUACAAAAUCUGUCGGUUGUUCCCCGAGCGAUCCAGAAAGGUCCUGCAAGGAGCUGUGGAAAAACAGCUUCCAGACCACACACCUGUUGAUCCGCAUUUUACGCCACAUUAUAAACCCUGGGAUCAGCGUCUCUGCUUUGCACCGAAUGGUGACUUCUUCGAAAGUCUGCGAAUAGGGAAGGCUCGUGUGGAAACUGGCCAUAUCAAGUGCGUGAAGGCGAACGGUGUCAUACUAGAGUCAGGAAACUGGCUGGAUGCCGAUAUCAUUGUCCCUGCUACAGGAUUGAAACUUGCCAUUGGCGGGCGCAUCAGUAUCAAUGUUGAUAACAAACCCAUCGACCUAGCGGACCGCUUUGCCUGGCAUGCUGCACUCCUAGAAGACGUACCAAACCUAGCACUCAUUAUUGGGUAUAUCAACGCCUCUUGGACACUCGGUGCUGAGACUACCGCCCAUCUCCUGUGCAGACUCUUGCAACAUAUGAAGAAGAAGGGCUACGACACAGUAGUCCCCCGCGUGCCGGCUGGAUCUCCCAUCCAACCGCGACGUUUGUGGAACCUAGACGCGACCUAUGUCAAGAAGGCCACUAGCAGCAUGCCUCGAUGCGGGGACAUUGGGCCGUGGAAAGGGCGGGUAAACUAUAUUGUGGAUCUUUGGAAGGCCAAGUACGGAAGUAUCACCAAGGACUUGGAAUUUCACGCUGUGUCCAAGGCAGAGUAG